AUGGCGCCCGGAAAGCAAAAGGCCCAGAAGAUGUCCUUAGGGAACUUCCUGGCUGAUGAUAACCUUGGCUCUUGGGCUGAUGAGAUGGAGGACAUGCCCAUGCCUGUCCCUGCUCAGAACAGCUUUGGAGGCGACCGCCGUCCCCCUCUUUCGUCUUCUGCUGGUUUCGGUGGACCCGUCUUCAAUGACCGUGGCUUUGCCUUGAGAGAGCCCCUGCCGCUACCUACCGAGCCUCCUUACACCGCUCAUGUUGGAAACCUGUCUUUCGAUGCUACUGAUGCCGAUAUCUCGGAGUUGUUCGUGGAUUGCGGUGUGACGAACGUCCGUAUCGUUGAGGACAAAUUGACAAGGAGCCCCAAGGGUUUCGGUUACGUCGAAUUUGAAACUGUCGAUGGUCUCAAGAAGGCUCUCGACUUCUCUGGUGCCUCCCUUCAGGGACGAUCCAUCCGUAUUAGCAUUGCGGAGCCCCCCAAGGACCGUGAUGUGAAGGAACUCGACUGGACUCGUAGAGGGCCUCUUCCCGAUGCUCCCCAGCGCCGUGUGCCUGACCGCUCCUCUUUCGGUCGCAACAUGGACAAUGUCUCAGACGCCGGCAGCGAGCCGCGACGCCGUGGUGGUUUCGAGAGUGACGGCAAGGUCCGCGACUUCUCGAACUGGGAACGCAAGGGUCCUCUUUCUCCCCCACCUGCCAGAGAGGGUGGCCGCCCCAGCAGCAAUGAAGGCCCCGCUUUCAGAACUCGCUCGCCCGCUUGGGGUGAGGGACGCUCUCAGGAUGGCUCGCGACCUCCCCGACGCGAGUUCCAAGAACGCGCACCCACCGCCGCUGAAAUGGAUAACCAAUGGAGAUCCAGAAUGAAGCCUGAUGCGCCAAAGGAACCUAGCAACCCGCCCUCUCCCGCUCCUGCAGCAGCCACUCCCGCUACUACCGCUGCUGCUCCUGCCCCUGCACCUGCUCAACGACCGAGGCUGAACCUCCAGAAGCGGACCGUGCCGGAAGCCGCCGCUAGCCCCACCGGCACUGCGGAAUCCAAGUCUAGCAUUUUCGGUGGUGCUCGGCCAAUUGAUACCGCAACCAGAGAGAAGGAGGUUGAGCAACGGCGUCAACUUGCUCUGCGCCAGAAGAAGGAGGCAGACGAGAAAGCAAAGGCUGAGAAGGCCGAGAAGCAGCGAGCUUCCAAGGAGGCGGCCAAAUCCGAGAAGCCUGCGUCUACUCUGGACCCCAAUGGCAAGGACCAAGCUGAGAUACCCCGGGGCGGCGCUAACUUCGAGAUCCUCCGGCGGGCCGGUGAGGACGAGAGCGGGAUGAACGCCGAUCAGGAUCCAGAGCAGAAGGGUGCUGAAGGUGGCGCCACUGCUACUGCCGAGGCCACAAAGGACGACGAUAAGACGAAUGGUUCCUGGAGGGCUGGACCUACCUCCGAUAACGCGAGCGGUGACGACGAAGGCUGGAGCACUGUGAGCACAAAACAGCGCAGCAACCGCCGUGGUGGCCGUAACGUCGCAUAG